AUGAUUCUUAAUCGUCUAAAACGUAUUGACAGCAAGAUUAACCAGCUUUCGAUGCCGGAAAAAGACCCAGACCAAACGUCUAAGACGGAACAAGCGACGAUCGCUCCGGUACUAACACCUUCUCAAGGCGAUAUCGCACAGUUUCUGUCGCCCCCUCCACACGUUGAUAUACAGAAAGCCAUCAGCUCGACAGGCUCGCCCCAUACGCAGUCGAAAUUGUCAUUCAGUGCCCAUCAAGCUAUUCACUGGCCUGGACUUCAUUCCAUCUCAUUAUCCCGUUCUUUUGCCACCGGUGCAGAAGGAUCAAACAUAUAUCUAUCAGACGUCGAACUAGAUGGCCCUUCUUAUGUGGAGCAGACCCAGAAUGAGACUUUCUCGAAAGAUUGGCUUGCUACAUUAAGCCUCUCCACCGUCAAAGGGUUGUGUAAUGCAUACUUUGUCACUUUUAAUCGAGUCUUCCCACUGAUCGAUCGUGAUCAUUUCUUUCUUGACACCCUUUCAACAGUCGUUGCAGAAGGCUUUAGCUACGAUAUCGAAUCUUGCCUAGUCCUUAGUGUCAUGGCUUUAGGUUGUCUAGGAUCAAAGGCAUAUGAUGAGGGAGGUUACCCCAGCGAGGACAGCCUUCCUUCCACGGGAGUCGUGCAGAUUCUACUGAACCAGGAUGUACCAGGUCAACAACUGUUCGAUGAAUCAAGGCGCAGGAUUGGUCUCUGCUCAUCUGCCAAAGAUAUACGGAUAUCCCAGUAUUAUCUAACAGCAGCACUUUUCUUCUCGCAAGCUAUGCUGCCGCUCAACCAGUGGAUGAUGACAGAUCGUGCCAGCACCAACUGCCUGAUAUUUUGGCAUCACAUUCGCCACCGUUCUGAUGAAUGGACGGUAGACAUGCAGGCUCGUGUCUUCUGGUCAUCUUUACUUAUGGAGACCGUCAUCGUCCAAGAAAUGGACUUACCAAGAAGUCGCCUGAGGGAGCUUGAGAACAUAGUUCCACUCCCGACGUUUAUGGUUUAUCCCAAUGCGAAAAGGCAGCAGCAGGCCCUACGAGGCGAUGAGUCAUACUACCAUUAUCAUUUUCUGGCUCAGAUAGCCCAUCGCAUUAUUCUCGUCAGAAUACGAGAUGAGAUGUAUCAUUUCAAUCCGUCCGUUCUCGUUGCAAAUGAGCUCCGGCAUCAACUUGAGCAGUGGCGUGCAAAUCUGCCGCCGGCGUUGCAGUUCAACAAUCAUCAACACACUUUCAGCUGUCCGGCUGAGGCUGUUGCCAUGUCGUUACUGCAGACCAGAUACCGUUCGGCGAUUUAUCAUGUUGGCCGACCUUUCCUGUACAAGGCACUGGCCAACCCAUCUUCAAUUUCAGACCAAGAGUUGAACUUUUGCUCUGAAGCACUCCAAAACGCCUCGGAUUGGCCGAUCGCGACAGGUUCAUGUCAGAGGAUGAGUAGCUUCUCCCCUCUGAAGUAUUUUGUAUGCCGUUCUUUUUUCGGAACUCUUCUCAUCUCAUAUGCACUGAGAGAAUCCGGGAACGAGAGAUUGGUCAAAACACUCCCGGAUCGCUCAGAUGUUCUGUGCUCUGACAUGCUUCGCUAUAUCGAGGAUUUGGCGGUACAAAGUCCAUCACUACGGAAAGACCGUGAAUUCCUCUCUCUGCUAUACGGACCUCCCAAUGACUGA